UUCUCAAUUUCACAACACACACAUACAAAAAAAAAAAAAAUGUCUCCUGAAGAAAUGUCUAAUAUGAAAUCGUUAAUAUCGACUAUUGCAUCUGUUACUGCAACAGCUAUGCUCGUUCGAAGCGUAGCUAGUGACUUUAUCCCAAAGGAAUAUCGUAGUUAUGUCUUUGAUAGCUUUCACAACCUUUUUCAUCGUUUCUCUUCACAAUUCACUAUCCUGAUUCAUGAAUUCCAGGGUCCGUCUCCAAACCUAGUGUUCGAGGCAGUUGAGGUCUAUUUAGGAACUAUAGUGAACUCUUCUACUAAGAGUAUUCGAUUAGGAAAGACGGAGAAUGACAAAGGGCUAGUUAUUACAAUGGAUAAAGACGAAGAAAUCAUCGAUGUUUUUGAGGAUGUUAAGGUGAUAUGGAGGAUGGAAUGUAGACGAAUCGAGUCAGGGAGUCAGAAUGAUGAGAUAAAGGAUAUGAUAGCUGCAUUGUGUUCGGAGCUAAGAUGUUAUGAGUUGAAAUUUCAUAAGAAACAUAAGGAGAAAGUGAUGAAAUCGUAUUUACCUUACAUUAUGGAGAGAUCAAAAGCCGCGAAAGAAGAAUCCAGGGUUAUAAAAUUGUAUUCUAAUUUCAGGAAUUGGGGUUCUGAUGGAAUGAAUCUCGAACAUCCUAUGACAUUCGAUACUCUAGCUAUGGAUGAAAAGGUAAAAACUGCGUUAAUUGACGAUUUGGGAAGUUUUAUUAAAGGGAAAGAGUACUAUAGCAGGAUUGGGAAAGCAUGGAAAAGAGGGUAUUUGCUUUAUGGACCUCCAGGAACUGGUAAAUCGAGUUUGAUUGCUGCUAUGGCGAAUCAUUUGAACUAUGAUAUCUACGAUUUAGAUCUUACACAAGUACAUAGCAAUUCAAAUCUUAGAUCAUUGCUACUUGGUAUGUCUGGUAGGUCAAUACUUGUCAUCGAGGACAUUGAUUGCAGCAUCAAUUUAGAAAACAGAGAAAAAAACGACGAAAAGGAAAAUAAGCACAACAGAGUGACUCUGUCAGGGAUACUUAAUUUUCUCGAUGGGAUAUGGUCGUGUUGUGGAGAGGAACGGAUAAUUGUAGUUACGACUAAUCACAUUGAUAAACUAGAUGCAGCAUUAUUGAGACCUGGACGAAUGGAUAUGCACAUCAACAUGUCAUACUGCAAAUCAUCGGCGUUUAAACAAUUAGUUUUCAAUUACUUAAAUAUUCAUCAUCAUGAAUUGUUUGAUCAAAUCGGAGAGCUACUAGAAGUUGUGGAGGUUACACCGGCAGAUGUUGCAGGGGAACUGUUGAAAAGCAAGAAUCCAACUAUAUCCCUUCGAGGACUUAUUGAAUUUUUGAAAAUAAAAUUGCACAAGGAAGAGAUGUUGAAAUCGGAAAAUGGAGUAGCAGAGGCAGAGGAAACAUUCAAAGAUGAAACGAAACAUGAAUCUAUACAUGAUUCUUCUGAGGAUCUGAGUAACAUUGUUGAUCUGUAGACGAAGA